AUGCUUUAUCUGGGACGUGAUUAUCCUGCAGGUUACGACUACUUUCGCGAGCGUUUAAGACGGGCAUUUAUGAAAAAUCGUGAGGUUAAAGACCCUGAAACCAUUCAUAAGAUGAUUGAUCGUGGUAAAUUUGUAAUCAAAGAAAUUGAAGCAUUGUAUAUGCUGAAGAAAUAUCGCACCUUGAAACGAAGAUAUUACGACUCAUAA